AUGAGGUUUGUGUGUGCGAGACCGCAGAGAAGAGGUUGGGGUGGUACGAAGAGAAUAGAGUUGAUAGAAAAGAGUAGGGUAGAAAUGUUUGCACAAAGAUUUGAUCCCACUGCGGCCUUUGGUGGUGAUGAGAAGGUGAAGAAGGUUUUGAUUAAGCCCAGGAAUGGGACAAAGAGAGCCAGAGAGGUAGAUAGUGAUGGAGAUAGUGGAAGUGAUGAUGAUGAUAAUAGUAGUGACAGUUCAGAUUCUGACGAUAGUUCUAGCUCUAGUGAUUCUGACAGUGAUAGUUCAGAUGAUACUUCAGCUUCCAAUGAUUCAGAUUCCGACGAUUCUAGCUCCAACGAUUCAGAUUCUGACGACUCUAGCUCUAGUGAUUCCGAUUCUGAUGACUCUUCUGAUUCGGAAUCUAAGAAUAUCACCGAGGAUGCAACUCCCAUCACUGCUAGUUCUCCAUCUGACAGUCCAGCUGAAAUCCCUCCAAUCUCUUCCACAUCGAAGACAUCCAAUGAAAUAUCUCCUUCCGAUGAUAUGGAUGUAGAUGUCCCUGAAGAAGAUCCAAACUAUAUCUCCAAACAUAGCGCCAUCUUCAAGAAAUUGAAAAAGGCAGUCAAGGAGGAUGAUGAAAAACCAGAGGACGAUGGUGAAUCUAUAGAAGAAGACGUCAUCAUGACGGAAACUCAAGAUCUUGCUCCUCUCCCACAACCAGAACUUCCAAGAGAUAAAAGACUUCGGGCCACCGCUGCUCAUUCGAAAAACUUGGAUUGGCUUGCCACUCCAACUUAUUCAAGUCCAGAACAUUCACAGCCAUUUGAAGAUUUCCCACUCUCUUCAUUCAUGCUUAAAAACCUUAAGUCAAUGGGGUAUGAUCACGCGUUUUCGGUACAAGUAUCGAUUCUCUCACUCAUGAUGGCUGAGAUCAAACUGGCUAAGAUAAGACCAGACAGUUGUAAAGGUGACAUCCUUGUUAAUGCAUCCACUGGAUCCGGUAAAACUUUGGCAUAUCUGAUCCCAAUUGUAGAAAGUUUGCAUACAAGGGUUGUACCGAGAGUUAGGGCAGUGGUGCUUGUUCCUACCAAGCCUUUGAUUUCACAAGUUAGAACCACCAUGAUGCAGCUUGCCAAGGGUACAAACCUUUCCGUGGUGAGUUUGAAGAACGAUAAGAGUAUUGCCGAUGAGGGAGCCAAAUUACUUGCCAAUGAACCAGAUAUCAUUGUUUCCACUCCUGGUAGAUUGGUGGAACAUAUCCAAAGAGGAUCCAUUUCUUUGAAAGCUCUUGAAUACUUGGUCAUUGAUGAAGCCGAUAGAUUGUUGAACCAAUCUUUCCAGGACUGGUGUCAAGUGUUGGUACUGACCAUUGCUGCAAACUACCCUGCGGGGGACAAUAUAUCCAAUCAAUGGAUGAAACCAACCCAGAAAUUGAUUUUCCUGGCCACUUUAACUACUGAUGCCGGGAAAUUGGCUCUGCUUAAACUUCAAUCUCCAAGACUUAUCAUUGUCAAUGACCAGAAACAACUUGUCAACGAAGUGUUCAGUGUACCACAACUGUUGUCCGAGUUCAAGAUCCAAAUCGGAACCUCCAAGGCUUCCUUAAAGCCACUCAUUGUUGCCAAGUUUUUACUUCAACAACAAAAGAAUGCCAAUGUUUUAAUCUUUACCAAAUCAAACGAUUCAUCGUUGAGAUUGGCUCAUUUAUUGACCCUUAUAUUUCAAAAAUUGAAUUCUGGUGAGCACCAACACACCGUGGCAUACCUUAAUUCUACAAACAAUACUGCCAGUUCAAGAACUAAAAUUUUGAAAGAUUUCGGACAACAAAAGAUUAACAUUGUUGUUGCUACUGAUUUGAUUGCUAGAGGUAUUGAUCUUCUUUCCAUUGAAACGGUGAUAAAUUACGACUUGCCCAACUCAUCGCGUGAAUACGUGCAUAGGGUUGGUAGAACUGCCAGAGCUAAUCAAGUUGGGUCUGCAUACACCUUCUGUUUCGGUAAGGGUGAAGGCAAAUGGUACAAGAAGUUGAUGAGAGAAGUUGGGCGUGGUGAGAAGAAUGUUGAAGACAUUGAAGUCAAUACCAAUGAGCUCUUAGAGUCCAACGAUGAAGAUAUUUAUGAUGAAUGUUUACAAGAAUUACAAAAGCUGGUCAGAGGGGAAUAG